GUAUAAUAAUAAUUUGUACUAACCCAGAAGUUUAAGUUUGAAUUAAAAAAUUAAUGGAAGUUGUAGAUCCAUAAAGCAACCUCUUUUCUCUUUUUUCAAUCCUUUAUAAGCCUCACUUCGCCCCUUCUAGAGAACAUUGGAAAUACAGAGCAAAUGGAAGUUCUAAGAACAAGGGUCGGUGGCAGUGGGCUUCUGGUGGCCGUUGCGGCAGUGGUGAUACUGCUGGCGGCGGUGCCGGAAGUUUCGGCGACACGGUGGACUGUCGGUGGCAACAUGGGUUGGAAUACUAAUGUGAACUAUACUACCUGGGCUCAGGGAAAGCACUUCUAUUAUGAUGAUUGGCUCUUUUUUGUGUAUGACAGGAACCAAAUGAAUGUGUUGGAGGUGAACAAGACAGACUAUGAGAAUUGCAUUUCUGAUCAUCCACUCCACAAUUUCACCACAGGAGCUGGAAGAGAUGUGGUUCAUUUGAAUGUCACCAGGCCUUAUUACUUCAUAAGUGGAAAAGGCUUUUGCUUUGGAGGCAUGAAGCUUGCUAUCCAUGUCGAACACCUACCUCCCCCGCCCUCAUCCUCACCCUUGAACGAAAAGAGCAGUGCUCUUAGAUCUACCAACACUGGACACACCCCAUUCGUUCUAACCGCUGUUUUCGCCAUUGCUGCUGUACUUGAAGUUUUCACUCGGGUCUGGUAGAGACCAGUUCUUACUUGAUUCAUAUUCAAUAGAGUACAUUUUUCUUCACCAAAUUGUGGAAGGAAGAUCAAGUUAUUAAUUCUCUUCUUUCAUAUUUUUUUUUGAGGGUGUAGUGUCUCAUUGUGUUAUCUUUUGCUCUCACUUUGAUUUAGACUUCAAUGUUUCAAAAUAGUUUUUCUUUUUUUUGUUUGCUUUUGAAAACUUAAAUUUUGGAAUUUUUGUUGUUUGGGUGGUGGAUAUAAAAAUUGUAGGGAUUGAAUUUUUGAUAAGACUCUAAUUUAUUUGUCCUGUCCUCUUAAA